GCACAUUUACAAACAAGAUGGGUGAGUUUGGUUGGAUCGAUUACACAGUUUUUGGAGCAUUGUUGGUAGUGAGUGCUGGUAUUGGAGUUGGCACAUGUAAGGAUCAGAGCAAGUCUGCAAAUCAGUUUCUCACUGCAGGAGGAAAAAUGGGUUGCAUUCCUGUAGCUCUUUCAAUGCUUGCAAGUUUUUUAUCAUCAAUAACAUUGAUUGGUCAACCAGCUGAGGUGUAUUUAUAUGGCGGUCAACAAUGGCUAUUUGGAAUGGCUACUUUUUUCAUCAUACCAAUAGUUGGCUAUAUUAUUGUUCCCUUCUUCAGGGGCAAAAACUACUGUUCAGCAUAUCAGUACUUUGGAGAGAGAUUUGACAGAAGACUACAAACAUUGGCAUCGAUUCUUUUUACAUUUCAAAUGAUUGUUUACCUUGCUCUGGUCUUAUAUGCUCCUGCAUUAGCGAUGAAUCAAGUGACAGGACUCAAUACAAUGUUGGUUGUUUCAAUCAUGUACGGUGUGUGCAUCUUCUACACCACUAUAGGAGGGAUGAGAGGAGUGGUUUGGAUAGAUUCGUUUCAAAUAAUAGUGCUUUUCGUUGCCAUGUUUGCUGUGCUUCUAAAAGGGACUAUUGACAUAGGAGGAGUAUCUGUAAUUUGGGAAAGGAGCAAAGAAUUUAAUCGAACAAAUUUUUUCAACUUCAGCUUUGAUAUGACUGAGAGAUAUACGUUUUGGUCCUCAUUUGUCGGUUCUGGAUUUCUGCAUAUGUCAAUAUACGGAGGAAAUCAGUUGCAAAUUCAGAGAUUUCUUACUGUUUCAUCUGUAAAAGAAGCAAGAAAAAUGUUAUGGUUGAACACUAUUGGAUGGACUUUAGUUGUCUUCAUGUGUGUCUAUGCAGGGUUGUUGAUUUUUGCUUCUUACUGCUAUUGUGAUCCUUUGUUAACCAAUAGAAUCAGCACACCAGAUCAAUUAUUUCCUCUAUAUGUUAUGGAAACACUAAAAAUUUAUCCUGGAUUUCCAGGGCUUUUCUUAUGCGGUAUAUUUAGCGCUGGUCUCAGUACUGUAUCUACUGGUGUUAAUUCCUUAGCAGCUAUUUGGUUUGCUGAGCUCGAUGGAACAGAAUUCAAGAAGAAUCUCUCAGAAUCUAAGUCAGGUUUAGUAGUGAAGUUAAUGGCCCUUGGUUUUGGCAUUCUUUCCUACAUCACAGUCUUUGCUGUUCCAUAUAUGGGUGGCUUAGUAGAGCUUGGAGUUUCUUUAACAAGCACACUGACAGGAUCUUUGUUAGGCAUUUUUCUCCUAGGAAUACGUUUCCCAAAAGCUAAUGCCAUGGGAGCAACUGUUGGAUUGGUCGUAAGCGUGGUUUUUUUGAGUUGGAUUGCUCUCGGAGAAUCUUAUUCAAGAAGUUUGGGGUUGAAAGUACACCCACCACUUCCAAGUUCAGUGAGGGAUUGUGCAGAGCCUGUCCAUAUUAAUCCAGUGGAAAACCAAGAAGAAGCCUUCGUUCUGUACAGGAUCUCUUACACUUGGUACUGUAUGUUUGCAGUGUUUAUUACACUUAUACUAGGAAAUGUUGUGAGCUACAUCUAUGCUGCUAUUAAGAAACCUGAAGAAGAAGUUAAACCAAACCAAGAAAUUAAUGCAUCAAAUCUUUUACUCAAUGAGAGAGAACUAAAACCAGUAGUUUGGGCAAAAGUAUAAUGUGAAACAUAAUGAUAAUAGCUACAUUAUAACAUGUAGUAUAGAGAUUUUGUUUGUUGAUUGUUAUUAUUAAUUUCUUUAAACUACAAAAUAGAAAAUGGUUUUCCAUUAAGUAUUUAGCUAAGAUUUACGAAGCUAAAAAAAAAAAAAUGUUACUUUUUAUAAGAGCUUAAAUUUUUAUAAAACUGUUUGCAUCAGUAUUGUUUUUUAUGAAUGACGCAUUUUAGAAGUCUCAUAAGGUAAUUUAAAUACCAUUAGAAUAAGUUUUAAGAGAAUUGUUGUUAAUUGCUUAAGCUUGCCUGUGUAUGAAUGUAGAUUUAUUAUCUACAGUUUUAACCUGGCUCUUGUUGAAUUAUAAACAAAAGACUGUAGAUAGUACUAUAGUUGAACAAUAGUAUGUAGUAGUCAAGAUUGUUUUACAUAGUUUUUAAGAAUUUUUAUAUUUUUUUGUAGAUAAAUAUUUUUAAAAUCGUUUGUUAUAUUUACUAUGAUAACUUGUUAUUAUUUAACAUAAAUAUUUAAAUUUUUGUAAUAUUAUUUAGAUUUAUAGAUAUAGAGUUGUUUUAUAGUAACAGAAUGCAUAUUGAAGGCAAAUUAAAUAAAUAACGAGGCUAAUGCAAAAACUUUCAUACCAUGGCCAGCAAAGUUUUCAUACAGAGACCGUUAGGAGAUGAAAAAAAUCAACAACAAUCCUUUCCUACAUAUUUUUUUUUAUUUAAACACCUAAUUAUAACUUCGAAAUGACUCUUAUCAAUUUUCAAUGGGAAUAGAACGAAAAUUCAAAUUUUACUACAACAGUAACCCUUAGACCCAACCUCUUCACACAUGGGAACGGCUGCUAUAUAAGAUCAGUAGAAUAUCUUAAAACUAAUUUAUUAAAGAAAAUACUCUUCUAAUUGACUUCCAAGUUGAUCCAAUUAAUGCCUAAAUGGUUCUGAAAGCCAAAAGACUGCAUACAAUAUACUAAUUUAAAAUUUUGAGAA